AUGUUGCAAGUUGUAGUUAGUAACAUGUGGGAUUUUUUCACAGCUCGAGAUGUGGUCCACAGUUUGCACACUCGUGAACUGGCCAGUACUUCUGAUUUCAGCUGGAUUUCACAACUGAGAUAUUACUGGGAAGAUAAAAAGGUUGUUGUACGCAUGGUCACCACAACAGUGCUCUACGGAUAUGAAUACUUGGGCAAUUCAGGAAGACUUGUCCUCACUCCACUUACUGACCGCUGCUUCAGGUAUAUAUUUUUCUAUUGUGUAAUAUUUAAAUUUGUGCAGGGUGCAAAAUCUUGGUCCUUCCGAAACACUUUUGCAGAAAAGAAAAUUGGGAUGUGCAAAAUGUAUGCCAUGCCACUGUUCGGCAGCCAAAUUUUGGUACCGAAUUUUGGGAUGGCAUUUUAGAUAGCCAGAACAACAGGAAAAAUGCUGACUAUGUUGACAUCAAAAACAGCUGCAAUAUUGCCUGGCAUAAUAGCUAUGUUAUACCAGGCAGUUUUGCUAUGCCAAUUCUGAGUUGCCAGAAUUAGAUUGUUAUAUAUUUGGAUUAGAAAGAAAAUCUAAGAAGUGCGAGAACUUGUGAUGAUUGAUUGUAAUCUUUUUCCCUUUUGCUAUCUUGUAUGAAUGAAAAAUGGGGAAAAGGAGUCAUUUCACGUUCAAACUGAGGUAUCCAAAAAUGAAAGUUAAAUGCCAGAGGGUAAUCUACAAACCAUUCACCCUUCCACCCUGACAAGAACAAAUCUUUCCCACACAUCCAGUCUAUAGCACCAGUAAACAUGAAAUUACUCUUUCUCCCCAUUUUUAUUAAUAAAAGAUAGAAAAAGGAAAAUGAUUACAAUCAGUCAUUUUAAACAGAGUUCUCUCACUUCCAAUUUUUAUUUUAUAGAUUAUAGUCAAAUUUGGCUGCCAUUGCAUAACUACUAGGCUAAGCAAUAUUGUAGCCAUUUCUGCAUGUCAGUGUUGUCAUAGGCAGCAAUUUUCCUACUAUUCUGCUGUCUGAAUGACACUUUGUAAUAUUUGUCAUUUCUGAAAUUUGGCAAUCUGAACAGCACUGGACUAAAUUGUAUGGAUCCUUUUGAAUUUUUUUCUGCCAAAGUAUUUCGGAAUGAACAUUUUUUUUCCGCUCAAGUCAACUGUAUAUGUAUCUAUGAGAUUGGGCGUGUGCAUAUUUGUGUCUCCUAGUGGAUGUUGCGGAAUCUGGAUAAUGGUUUUGCAAGAGGCAUACGAGUUCGGAUGGCAUAUCUUUGUACUUAUAGGAAAACGAAAAUUGUCCAACAUACCGCAUACAGUUUUAUGCUAAUCAUAUGAAUAAAAUGCAAAGAUAAUAGAAAGAUAAUAGAUAAAGAUUUAAGAUAGUUAAACACAUAUAGCUAUGUAGAUGCAGGGGGUGUAAUUGAUAUAUACAUGCAUCAUACAGGUCAAGUUAAUUUUUAUUAAGAAGAAUAAGCAAGGUCUUCCAUUUUUCAUUUGCUCUCUCCUAUUUUCUGAUGGGUUCAUAAAAGAAAGAUUAAGGCAAAAUGCCUAUUUUUAUUCCAAAAUGAUUAAUUGUGAAUUACAUUGCAUCAAGACAUCAUAAACCCAACACAAUCUUCGUAACUUUGUUAGAAUUAUAGUACAUUCACAUAUUGCCAAAUAUCUGAACAAAUUGUAUGAUAUUCAAGUACUCCCUGACCUUGGCCAUAGAAUUUUGCCUGCAUCGUAGGUUUCCAAGUCUGUCUGGGUGUUACAAGCAUCCUAAAAUAUGCAUAGCCACUCUGUUUCAUAGCAACCACAAAAAAGGAACUUUGUUUAAUAUAAAUACCUUCCAAGGAACACAUUUGCUUGUACAAAGUGAGCAUAAUGAUUCACCAUAGGAACUUUCGAAAAAUUCCCUCCUGCUAGAUAACAUUUUCUUUAAUGUCUUUUGGUGUCUUGUUGAAAUAAUGUCAUCCUGCCUUUUCCAGACAGCAAUUAAUGUAGCUAUGUAUACGAAGACAGCAAGUUUAUGUGUGAUUUGUUGUUUCUGGCAAAGUUAAUACAUUUAAAGUAGUUUCAAAAUUACAAAACAAGAGUGAUUCAAAUACCACCUGUCUUUUAUUGUUGAACAGCUAUUUAUUCACCAUUAUUUUUUUUUAACAUGGUACACUGUGACCUUUAUAUAAACAGGAAUAAAAAUGUUUGAUGCCAUCACAACAUUAACCAAUGGGUUAUCUAAAAACAAAUGUAAGAAAGAUGAAAGACAUACAGUAUUUCUCAAAGUAAAUACAACCUGGGUUUUAAUUGGCAGGCGGUAAUGUUUUUUUGUUUUUGUAAGCACAUAAAGUUUGCUCUACUCCAUCCCAACCCAUUUUCCUUGCUGUACAUUACCGAAAGCAGUGAGUCUUUCAAUACCCAACAACGAGGACAAUUACAAUUCUUUAGUUGCCCUGUCAAACUGUAGUUUUUACUACUUAAAUCACUGCAAUAUCUUAUCCAAUCAAUACAUUAUUAUUAAUAUUAUAAUUAUUAUUAUUAUUAUUAGUAGUAGUAGUAGUAUUGAAAUAGCGCCAACUCUGAGGCACUUUAGAAUAUUAGUUUCUAAUUCAUAUAUAUAUAUAAAUAUAUACAGGUGAUACUCAAAAAAUUAGAAUAUUGUACAAAAGUUCAUUUACUUCAGUAAUACAAUGUAAAAGGGGAAACUAAUAUAUGAGAUAGACGCAUUACAUGCAAAGCAAGAUAGUUCAAGCCGUGAUUUGUCAUAAGUGCGAUGAUUAUGGAUUACAGCUCAUGAAAACCCCAAAUCCACAAUCUCAGUAAAUUAGAAUAUUACAUGCAAUCAAUAAAAUAUGGAGUGUACAUAGAACAAUAUCAGACCUCUGAAAAGUAUAAGGUGCUUUUGGCAGUGUGGGCAGGUGCCAAGUCCUGCUGUAAAAUGAAGUCAGCAUCCCCAUAAAGCUCGUCUCCGGAAGGAAGCAUGAAGUUCUCCAAAAUCUCCUGGUAGACGGCUCCAUUGACCCUGGACUUAAUGAAGCACAGUGGACCAACACCAGCAAAUGACAUGGCUCCCCAAAUCAACACAGACUGUGGAAACUUCACACUGGACUUCAAGCAUCUUGCAAUGUGUGCCUCUCCAUUCUCCCUCCAGACUCUGGGUCCUUGGUUUCCAAAUGAGAUGCAAAAGUUGCUCUCAUCAGAAAAGAGGACUUUGGACCACUGAGCAACAGACCAGGUCUGUUUUUCUUUAGCCCAGGUAAGAUGCUUCUGACAUUGUUUGUUGUUCAGGAGCGGCUUGACAAGAGGAAUACGACAUCUGAAGCCCAUGUCCAGGAUCUGUCUGUGUGUCGUGGCUCUUGAUGCACUGACUCCAUCCUCAGUCCACUCCUUGUGAAAGUCCCCAACACUUUUAAAUGGCCUUUUCCUGACAAUCCUCUCCAGGCUGCGGUCAUCCCUGCUGUGUGUGCACCUUUUUCUUCCACACUUUUCCCUUCCACAUAACUUUCUAUUAAUGUGCUUUGAUACAGCACUUUGGGAACAUCCAACUUCCUUCGCAAUUACCUUUUGAGGCUUUCCCUUCUUAUGGAGGGUGUCAGUGAUGGUUUUCUGCACAACUGUCAGGUCAGCAGUCUUCCUCAUGAUUGUGAUUCCUACAGAACCAGACUGAGAGACCAUUUAAUAGCUCAGAAACCCUUUGCAGGUGUUAUGGCUUACUUAGCUGAUUAGAGUGGGACACUGUGAGCCUAGAAUAUUGCACCUUUUCACAAUAUUCUAAUUUACUGACAUUGUGGAUCUAGGGUUUUCAUGAGCUGUAAGCCAUAAUCAUCGCACUUAUGAGAAAUCACGGCUUGAACUAUCUUGCUUUGCAUCUCAUAUAUUAGUUUCCCCUUUUACAUUGCAUUACUGAAAUAAAUGAACUUUUGUACAAUAUUCUAAUUUUUCGAGUAUCACCUGUAUGUAUUAUGAUUAUCACAUGACUUGCCAGGUUAAAAAAAAGAUAAAUUGUCCUUUUGGGGCAAAUGAAAUCCCCCCAAAAUUGUCAGUGUGUUUAUGUUCAGUGUUGCUAUAGCUAACUAGCAGCUAAUCUACGAUAGAAAAUCCAGCGAAGCAACAGAAUUAUGCUAUAACUAAACAUUUUAUCCAAUAUUCUCAGCGUGUGUUUCUGAAGGUAAUCACCUCUGGAUUCCUAUUGCAAAACCCUUUCUCAUUCUAAAUCACUUUUAAACACUAAUGUAGUUUAAAAGGAUCACUUGGGAGUAGAGGCAGAGGAAAGAAACUUUGAACUUGAGUCACUAUUAAAAUCUAAUUUUAUUUAUUUUCAAUUCCUUUAACACUAAAAACCCUCCAAUGGUCAUUUCAAUAAAAUAACAUUAUGUCUCUAGUUAUUGAAAUAAAAUUAUUUAACUUCAUAUCUAUUUCAGAACCUUAAUGGGAGCACUUCAGCUCAAUCUUGGUGGGGCUCCAGAAGGACCAGCUGGAACUGGGAAGACAGAAACCUGCAAAGACUUGGCUCGAGCAGUAGCUAAACAGGUCAGAAAUUUAUUUUUCACAGCCUAAGAGACAUUUGGUUGUUUGAACUAAUCUUUACUGUACUAAUGCCUUUACUAUACUAACGCUGUACUGUUUUUCAGUAUUAGAUGACAUGUAAAAAUAUAGUAUUUAAGAUUGAUGAUGGCCUAAAUAAAAAAUAUAAAAUAAUCCAAUAUUCUUAGAGGCCUGACUGCUGGCACCAGGGGGACCCAUGUAAGUGUAAAAUUGUUUAAAGGAACACCAUAGGGAAAGCAUUGGAUUGGCUGAAUUCAGCAAGGAGGCGGGUGAGGGUGGGCCAAACUUGGGCCAAUCAGCAGCUUCUCAUAGAGAUGUAUUGAAACAAUGCAUUUCUAUAAGAAAAAUUCAGCAUCUCCAUGUGCUGCACAGCCCCAGGAAGCACCUCCAGUGGCCAUUUUAGGAGUGGCCACUGGAGAUGUCCCUAGGGGGCAAUGUAAACACUGCCUUUUCUCUGAAAAGACAGUAUUCGCAUGAAAAUGCCUACAGGGAAUGAUUAUACUUACCAGAACAACUACAUUAAGCUGUAGUUAUUCUGGUGACUAUAGUGUCACUCUCAGCAGUGGGAUGGUGUUAGAGAACCCCUGGCACCAUAACUGCUACAGAAUCCUAUAAUGGUUACUGUGCUUAGAAUGCCCCUUUAACUUUGCACACAUCUCUCUAAUUGCCAUUGUUCAAAAGGAGGAUGAAACCCCAAGUUAAAGACAUUUUCAAUUUUACCAUAAAAAUGGGGAAAGGUAGUUCUUGAUUCCAAAGUGGCAAUCAGGUUUUGACUAGUCUGAUUCUAGAUCUAAGAGUAACUGUCACUUUGGCAGUAACAGAAGAAAGUUUUCUUAUGAUAAAUCUAUAUAUGAUGUCGACCAUGCGGACACAACUUACAACUGAUGCAAGGUCAUAAUGUCCCAUGUCCUUAGUCUGCCUGUGGUCAAUGGCCACUCACAGGGAAAAGAUUGCUAUCGACUAUAGUUGAGCAGAGCAUCAGGAGGAAGAUGGGGAGAUUGAUCAUCUAGAUGUGCCAUUAUGGUCAAAGUGAUUUAUAAUUAACUUGCUGCAUACUUCAUCUUAGCAAAUACUUCUAAAUAUUCUGCCAAUGUGGGGGAAAAAUAACUGUCACUGAAAGAAAAGUGUCAGUUUCUCUUUAGCCGAGUUAUUAAACUGUAUAAAGAUUAAGUAAAGAGUUUUACAAUAGACAUCCUCUGUAUUUUCAUCAUUUUCCAGAAUGUUGUGACUGGAGAAUUAAAGGGAAAGGGACGAUUAUGUUAAUUGGAAGCAAGGCGAAGAAGUAAACCUGUAUCUCCCUGUAUUAUUCAUCCUAUUGUCUAUUUAGAACAAUGCAUUUGCAUUCCUUAACUAAUAAGACAGAUUAUAUGCUAGACCUUACAAAUACAUAAUGUAUCGAGAGAGCAGCUGUACAGUACCCCAUUAGUUGUGGUUCCUUAAAUUUUUGAUUUUCAGACAGGUGAUCGAUGCAUUUCUUUCUGACAUUCUAUGGAAGCCUCAUGUCUGUCAGAGAUAAGCAGGACACUUCUCCCAUAAUUAAUUUGAUAAUAAUAAAUAUACGCAAAUAAUAUAUUAAUUUAUGGCGCUCUUUCAUUAUUCUUCCCCCACCUCCCAGCUUUUACUUCAGGAUGACAGCAAUGCAUUCCAUGUGUCAAUUCUAUUAAAAAGUGACAAGUCUAAGCACAAGACAGAUAAAUAUAAUAGAUAAAGUAAAUCACAUUAUUCCCUUUGUCUUAUAACUGAAGAUAACAUAUUGACAGAUAAUGUGUUAACUGAAGGGUGUCAGUGUGUUUGGAAAAUGUUUAAUUAAUGGAAAAAUUUCAAUUAUGCACAUUUUUUUACAUAUCUAUUUUUUUUUUCUUAUAACAUGCUUCUGGAAAACUUUAUUCAGAAGUAAUGACUGUAUUCACUAAAGAUAUUUAACCCAUUAAGGAUACAUGAUGGAAAUUUUCCAUUAUGCUGGCCUUUUACUUCUAAACCUGUGUCCUUAAGGGGUUAAGUGAUAAAACAUACACAAACCACUCUACCUCUGCAUUCAGACAAAUACAAAAGUAUAAGUUCAAUAUUCUUCAGUUCCUAUCCCUAUACUGCUGUAUAAAAUAAACAAAACAAAUUCUAUAUAUGACAAACUUAUAUUCAGGCAGGUUUAGAUAUAAUGUCCGGUAUCUCACAAAAGUGAGUACACCCCUCACAUUUUUGUAAAUAUUUUAUUAUUUCUUUUCAUGUGACAACACUGAAGGAAUGACAUUCUGCUAAAAUGUGAAGUAGUAAGUGUACAGCCUGUAUAACAGUGUAAAUUUGCUCUCCCCUCAAAAUAACUCAACACUCAACCAUUAAUGUCUAAACCGUUGGCAACAAAAGUAAGUAUACCCCUAAAUUAGCCCAAUUAGCCAUUUUCCCUCCCCGGUGUCAUGUGACACAUUAGUCUCAGGUGUGAAUGGGGAGUAGGUGUGUUAAAUGUGGUGUUAUCGUUCUCACACUCUCUCAUACUGGUCACUGGAAUUCAACAUGGCAAAGAACUCUCUGAGGAUCUGAAAAAAAGAAUCGAUGCUCUACAUAAAAAUGGCCUAGGCUAUAAGAAGAUUGCCAAGACCCUGAAACUGAGCUGCAGCAUGGUGGGCAAGACCAUACAGCGGUUUCACAGGACAGGUUCCACUCUCAGAACAGGCCUCGCCAUGGUCGACCAAAGAAGUUGAGUGCACGUGCUCAGCGUCUUAUCCAGAGGUUGUCUUUGGGAAAUAGACAUAUGAGUGCUGCCAUCAUUGCUGCAGAGGUUGAAGGGGUGGGGGUUCAACCUGUCAGUGCUCAGACCAUAUGCGCACACCACAUCAAAUUGGUCUGCAUGGCUGUCGUCCCAGAAGGAAGCCUCUUCUAAAGAUGAUGCACAAGAAAGCCAGCAAACAGUUUGCUGAAGACAAGCAGACUAAAGACAUGGAUUACCGAUGAGACCAAGAUAAACUUAUUUUGUUCAAAUGGUGUCAAGCGUGUGUGGCAGCAACUAGGUUAGGAGUACAAAGACAAGUGUGUCUUGCUUACAGUCAAGCAUGGUGGUGGGAGUGUCAUGGCCUGGACCUGCAUGAGUGGUGCUGGCACUGGGGAGCUACAGUUUAUUGAGGGAACUAUGAAUGCCAACAUGUGACAUGAAGCAGAGCAUGAUCCCCUCCCUUCAGAGACUGGGCCGCAGGGCAAUAUCCCAAUAUGAUAACAACCCCAAGCACACCUCCAAGACGACUACUGCCUUGCUAAAGAAGCUGAAAGUAAAGGUGAUGGACUGGCCAAGCAUGACAAGACCUAAACCUUAUUGAGCAUCUGUGGGGCAUCUUCAAACAGAAGGUGGGGGAGCACAAGUUCUCUAACACCCACCAGCUCCGUGAUGUCGUCAUGGAGGAGUGAAAGACGACUCCUUUGACAACCUGUGAAGCUCUGGUGAACUCCAUGUCCAUAAGGGUUAAGACAGUGCUGGAAAAUAAUUGUGCCCACACAAAAUAUUGACACUUUGGGCCCAAUUUGGACGUUUCCAUUUAGGGAUGUACUCACUUUUGUUGCCAACGUUUUAGACAUUAAUGGCUGUGUGUUGAGUUAUUUUGAGGGGACAGCAAAUUUAAACUGCUAUACAUGCUGUACACUUACUACUUUACAUAGUAGCAGAGUGUCAUUUCUUCAUGAAAAGAUAUAAUAAAAUAUUUACAAAAAAUGUGAGGAGUUUACUCACUUUUGUGAGAUACUGUAUAUGCUGGCUGGUUAACUUACCAGCAAAAUAUAUAUUUACAUGUUGGUCAAGCAUGUCAAACUCGUGGCCCACGGGCCGCAUGCGGCCCACAAUGAAUAUUUUUGCGUCCCGGCGAGCAGCGAGUUUGCCAUGCUUACUAAGGCAGAGUAGGCACCUGAUCUCCUCACAUUGCAGAUGCCUACUCUGCUAAAAUUACACGGCCGGAGAGGAGAAGUCCCUGGUGGCAGCGAGGGAGCUCAGUUUUCCUGCUCCUCACUGCUCCCUCAGGCGUGCCCUCUGUAGUGAUGCCGGGUGCCGGAAUAUGACGUAAUUCCAGCACCACUAAACUGCGUGCGUGAGGGAGCAGGAAGACUGAGUUCCAGAGAGAAGAUCAGGGAGAGGCCCCACACCAGCUACCAAAGGUAGGGAGUAAAAAAAUAAAAGUAUGUGAGUGUGUGCAAGAAUGUGUAAAUGUGUGUGUGCGUGUGUGUGUCUGUCAGUGUGUGUGUGUAUAUGUCAGUGUGUGUGUGUAUGUGUCUGUCAGUGUGUGUGGGUGUGUCUGUCAGUGAGUGAGUGUGUGUCUGUCAGUGUGUGUGUGUCUGUCAGUGUGUGUGGGUGUGUAUGUCAGAGUGUGUUUGUGUGUCUGUCAGAGAGUGUGUGUCUGUCAAUGUGUGUGUGUGUGUCUGUCAAUGUGUGUGUGUGUUUCUGUCAGUCAGUGUUUGUGUGUCUCUCAGAGAGUGUGUGUGUCUGUCAGAGUGUGUGUCUGUCAGUGUGUGUGUGUGCGUCAGUGUGUGUUUUUCAGAGAGUGUGUGUGUGUGUCUGUCAGUGUGUGUUGGUCAGUGUUGUAAUGGCCGCGGCUGAACAGUGGAGGACUUGGAGGUGCACAGAGGCACACAACGCCACGUCACAUUCUGACGUGACAUCAACGUGCCCCACCUUCACAGGUUUUCAAGGAGUAACAGGAGGAUGCGUUUGGCACAGGAUGCAGACGGCGCCAUUGGGGGUAUACCAGAGGCUGGACUCCUGAGUUGCAUAUUGGCAAUGUGAGUGGAGUCUGCUUGUUGGCUAAUAUUGCUUUUUUUAACAAGGGCUGUUUUUUAGUAUAGAGGGGUGUUGGGAUUUAGUAUAGAGGGGGGUACUGAGAUUUAGUAUAGAGGGGGGUGCUGGGAUGUAGUAUCUAGACGGACUGGAAUUUAGUAUAGAGGGGGGACUGGGAUUUAGUACAGGGAGGGUACUGGGGUUUAGUAGGGGGGAUGCUGUUUUUUUUAUACUGUACUUUUCAAAACAAACCUACCUUUCUAUGACAAUUUAAGGUUUCAGUUUUUUUUGCGGCCCACAUUAACUUAAACCUUGUUUACGUGGCCCAUGCUAGCCUUUGAGUUUUACAUGCUUGAUGUAGGUCAACAGCAGCCACAAACUAGCAACAGCUGAUGGAAGUUGCCAUUUUGCUAUUUAGCAUAUUAGCUACUUGCAACUGAAGACUAGAAACACAUCACUUACAGUAAAAAGUGAGCAUUUUCCAUUUUACAUACUUUGAGAAUUGCAUGAUGUUUUGUUUUUUUUCACGUAUCAGCCUGCGAUUUAUAUUUAUACCCUGAGUAGGUUACUCAUGAUUCACAUCCAAUAGCAAAGUGAUUUAAUAUUACUUAAAAAGUUUAGUCCCAUUUUUGUUAACACUUUACUCAUGGGUUAUUUGUAUGAUCUGACAAUGGUGAUGGCUUGAUUAGUGCUCGAAAUUACUGUGCAUGCCGACAGCCAUUUUAAUAAUUUUGUCAUUCACUCCUGCAUAAAAUGGAUGGAGGCCUCAAGUUGCAAAAGAGCAAGCAACAGAAAAAAAAAAUGAAAAUGAAAAUUAAUUGGUUGGCUUGUUAGUCAUCAAAUCAGGGCACUCUGACUGAAAUUGCAUAGUGUGGGAAAGCCCUUACAAAGGCUUUCCACCCCUUGCAAUAUCAGUCUACACCAUGCCCUCAAACAGCAAAGAUGGAUUUUUUUUAUUGCGUCACAUUUAUUGGAAGGGUAAGGGGGAUCAUAUGGCCCCCAACUUCUUUAAUGUAAUAGUCCACCUCCAGUGGCCACAGGGGCCUUUAGUCUAAAGCUCCCAUUCGAAGCCCACUGUUGAAGGCGUGGGGGAAUCUGGGUAGAGCUUACUGUUUAUUGGUCAUGCCCCAACCUAUGGCGUGGGUUAAAAAUCUUCCUUUUACUAUUGUGACUUUUACUUCAUUUCAUACUUUUUCUUAUAAUUUUUUUUUUUUUAAAUGUCUAACAGUAUUAGCUGGGAGAACACCUAAAAAGGGCAGCCUAGAUCUUCCCUUCCUCCCAUGGCGCUCUACCUCCCUGCAUCCCUCCUUUCACAGUUUUUAAUAAUUCACUCCUGCUCCUGUUUACCUCCCACUCCCUCACUCCCUAUCCACCUUGGCUCAGAAUGCUCUAUGAAAAGCAUUUUAUAGGAUCAUGGAGAGUGGGGCAGAGACAUUGGAUGCAGUAUGGAAACCAACUAUGGGAGCUCCACCUGGCACUGGAUUCCACGUACGUUAAUGCCUAUUUUCAGGUUUAUAAUGGGGGUACAUAUGUGCUAAUGUCUUAUCUGACAUUCUAAAUUAAGAUAAAAAGUUAUUCAUAAAUGGUUGGAGAAUUCUUUAUCUUCAUUGCGUCCAGUCAUGGUCUCAUGCUAAGAUUUUUGGGAUAGAAGCAGAUAGUGACUGGUUUGGAAUCCAUUUGAAAAGUAGUUGCUAAACAGUAGUUAGUGGCUCCCAAAAAUAAUGACAAUCAUUAGCUGUUAAUUAGUGACUAGUUUUAAGUAGCAGCUGCCAGUAACUCUCUGUCAUUACUAUUAAAAUAUUACAGCCUGCCAAAGGUAGCACCAGACGUUUUUGUGAGUAGCACAUGGCAAGUAAGAAGUAGACUUGGAGAUGCGUCUUUGACCAUUCAUCCGAAUUUGGGCUGAUCAGCUAUGUAGCUGAAAUACAAAAUAGUGAGCAGACACAUGCCCCAUUUCUGAAGCAAUCACAAUGGCUAAUGACUGGGAUUCGGGGUUAACAAUUUGCCUGUUGGCGGUGCUAGCAGCCAGAUAGCAAAUAGUUUAAAAUCAUCACCCCCAUGUUAGUACAAGGGAGGUUUUAUACAUUGUAUGGUAAGAAUAUUUUUUUAUGUAUUAUGUAUAUUGGCCCCCCUCACAUUUAUUAGGGUGAUGGGGGUAUGAAGAAUUAUUUUUACUGUUCGGGGCUCACUAGGGGCUUGUAUAUCCUUAGCCACCCAGGGGAGCAGUUAACCAUAAUUUGGGUAGUCGGCAAUGGCAUGUCCAAACCCACUUAUCACAUUUAAUACCACCCCAUAACACCCAUGAGUGGAAUGUGAGGGAUGGAGAACAGCAUGCCCACCCUCCAUUAAUUGUUAAAUAGCUCCCACCUGCUGCCCAUGGAUGAUGACGGAGGGAAACAGUUGAUCUAGUGACCUCAUGCUUUUUAUUUAUUUAUUUAUUUGUAUUUAAUUUUACAGUGGCAGCUGGCUAGAAAGUGCUGAUUUAUCCUUGUGUCAUCUAAGCAUUAAGUUUGGCAGAAAAAUAUUUUCCCAACCACUUUUAAGCUGAACCAAAGAGUCACAUUGUUGAGUGUUGGAUGUCCAGAACAAAUUUUCUAAAUCUGGAAAUUUUGUUCUGAAGAACAAAGCAAUCGCACCAGGUCUACUAAGUAGAGACAAGGUUGUCAACAUGCCCUUGGUGUGCAAUCUGUGAGUGUUGCUACUAAUUCUAAAUUGGAAUUUUAAUAUUUGCAUCCUCUAGUGGAUGGAAUGUUGAGUGAAGCAACCCUGUUACUUAGGGUGAGGGGAAGCUAUGUCACGGGAGUCUUACCCCAACACACAGGAAGAGUGGAAACCCGCAAAAGGUGGAUCCGAAAGAAAUAUUACUAAGUACUUUUAAGGGCGUGACGUCACAUCAUCAACUUUUAUUUAUAGGGGCUGCAGUUCGGCCCGCAGACAAGCAGAGAGAGGCAUUCGCGGGACUGAAGGUAGAUACAAUCCUAUACAGGCCGCACAGCCCCAUGGAGCAUUCGGGCUGCGCGACCUGAGGACUGCAGUAAUGCCCCUCGUCGCCCAAGGAGAGAAGCGGCGCAGGUGCUAGGCACAGGAAAGUUGACUCUUCACAUGCUAAAAGCUAGUAAUCUGUGUACCUUUUUCUUUUUUCUUCUGAUAUAAACCAUGGCUGCUUUGCAUGAAGUCAAAACAGGUAAUAUCCAUUUUUAUUUUCACACUUUGCCCAAAAUAUUGCCCAGCACCAUACAUGUAAGUUAGAUGGAAUGUCCUGCAAUGGAGCAAAAAGAGAGCUCAGCUUGAAACUUUAUUUUAGGUUUAAAUGUUUUCUAAGCACCAUGGGAAAUAGUCAUAAACAGUUGUUAUAACAAAGAUUAUAUAGGUGUCUGCUUGAGUUGUGUCCUUUUUGGAACUGUCACAUUUGUACAUAUGGGGAUACCUCCCACUUGGAUGACAACAUCCCCAUCCUUCCAUCUGCUUUUAUUAAAGAUCAUUUUGCCAUUAAAUAUCUUAUUAGUAAUUUAUAGCACAUUUAUUUGUUAUAUACAUCUCUUUCCAUUUCCCCAAUUUACAGAGUAUUUAAUGGAUGCUUGUAAUUUAUGAACCUAUAAUUUGUCUCUGCUUCUCUGACACCUUUUAUAAGACCUUGGUCUCCUGCCGCUUCUAUUGUGUUUCUGUUAGUUUAGUAUUUCUCUUUGUAAUAUCCUCAAGAGAAUAGAACAACCACACUGUAUAUUUCAUUUUUUCAUAUGGAUAUAAAUGUAAUUUAUUUUAAUGUGUGCAGAAACGACGAGAAAGAGUGAAUCUAUACAUUUUUAAAAUUGCUUUUGAGAAAUAAAAAAAUAAAAAAAUGCACUAGGGAAAAUGUACUGAAGGGGGUGUGAAUAGAUAUUUAGCUUUUCUGCUGAUUUUCAAUAGCAAUUUUACCAGUUAGCGAGAUUCGCAUGUACACUAAUAUUACCAAAACAAUAUGUGCCUUAUAUUUCAAGGAGUUAAAAAAAGCAUUAUAUAAAUGACAAUAUCUUGUUAUGAAUAUAAAAAGGCAAGAAACUAUUUUUUUUAAAAUGUUUUGCUUUGCAGAUGGAAUUAAUUGUUUCUGAAUAUGUUUCUGCUUUUGUUUCUUCCCUCUCAAACUUCCCUAUUGAGGUUAGAUUUGGAUGAAUAACCGGACACUAACAUUAACACUACCAAAUUUUAGUUGUCAGUGGCAUUAUUGUGAUUCAAACAAUUCUGAAAUAGUUGAGCUACAAACAGGGCUUCAAAGCAGCACUGGAAAAAAAAAUCUAUGCCAGCCCCAAAAGUCAUUGUGCCACGUAUUAUAUAUAUGUAUACUACUAGAAUAGAAUGGCGCAAAGAAGUAUACAACAAAAAAAUAAAAUGUUUCUUAUCUUAUAUUUUAAUAUAAAAUCUGUCUCACACCGACCUGUGGGUGCAAUUUCUGGGUGACCUGCAGGAGGGGAGCACAGAGCACAGCACUCCCCCUCCUGUCAGUCGCUGAUGAGGAUUUGUAUCCUCUGCUUGGUCUGACAGGAAGUGCUCAAUGAGAGCAACGAACAGCUUCCUGUCAGAAAAAGAGGCAAAGAGGGGCUGUGGAAAGAAAGAGACAUACUUAGGGCAAGGAGGAGAAAGGGAUGCACAGAGAGACUGGUGGAAAGAGACACACAAAAGGGCUAGGGGAGAAAGAGACACACAAAGGGGCAGUGGGAAAGAGACACACACAGGGGCUGGAGGGAGGAAGAAACCUACAGAGGGGAUGGGGAGGAGAAAGGGACACAGAGAGAGGUCAGGAAAGAGACACAUGGGGAAAUGGGUAAAAAGAGACAAACAAAGGAGCUGGGAAAGGGGAAAAAGAUAAAACGAGACCUCCAAAGGGCUACAGGGAAAGAGACACACAGAAGGGUUUGAUGAGACAGAGACACACAAAGGGUCUGGGGAGAAAGAGACACAAAAAAGGAUGGGGAAGAGACACACAAAGGGGCUUUAGGGAGAAAGAGACACACAAAAAGGGCAGUGGAAAAAGCGACACACAAAGGGGGGUUGUAAGAGACACACAAGGGGUGUAAGACACACCAAGGAGGAUAAAAACAUUCAAAAAUAAGGAUAAGAAGCACAAAAGUAGGUAGAAAAUUCAAAAGGGGGUCAAGAGAUGCACAAGUCCAAACACAUUUUUUGGGGGCCUGGGGGUGAAAAAAUUUAUCUUUACUAGUGUAGCCAAAGGUUCUUGUACCAGCCCUGAUCAAACUAAACAGACUUAAAGACCUCAGUUAUAUCAAAGUCUCUACUAUUGUUGAGCUAUAAUGUAACAAAUUCAGGAGAUAAACAUGCUAGAUGUACUACUAAACAAACACUGUGAUUUUAAACUUUUUAUGAGAAACCAAGAACGCGCCUAUAUAUAUAUAUAUAUAUUUUUUUUUUAACAUUGCGUAAAAGGACAGCAUGUAUGCACAAAAACUACUACACUAAGAUGCAAUGUUUUUGGUGCUUAGAUUGUUGCUUUAAACUCUACCUACAGACUCUCCUCCAUUUAAUAAGUUACUCAGACUACUUCUUAAGGGCCACCUGUAUUUGGAGGGAUCGGUGAUCUACCUAAAGAGCUUGUUCAGGAUAUUAUGAAAAUAUAGAGAACAAGUAUAUAUUUAGGAGCAUGUUUUUUUCUUAUAGUGGAGCACAAAGUUUGAGGUUACAUGUGUAGUCAUCUUUAGGUAAAUCUGCAAUUAAGUUUCAUCUCAACACGUUCAUGUCUGCUUCUAUUAUUAUUGUGUUGUCACUGUUAGCAGAGAUAAGUUUUUCAUCCGGAUUCCUGUAAUUUUUUUUACAGGUAAUAGUGUAAGGUGUAUAUCUGAAACAUUCUAUUGACCUGUCCCUUUUCCCCACUCUUGAAGGUUCUGCACAUGUCCCAUUAUCAGUAGUGUAAAGCCAAUUGUGCAUUUUUUAUUGGGUGCAUAUCUAAAAUCUGCUUGAAAAAGCUGCAGAUCCCUUUAGUGUUGCAGGUGCUCUUGGUGUCAGGUUACUCUGGACACAGAUCAUAGGAAAAAAAUCCACAGUUUAUUUAUAGCCAGCUACGGUCUCAUCACCACAGACUCAUGACUGCAAAAAGGGCAGAUCAUGACCCUGAUCAUGUACAGCUCUUGUCCCAUAUAUGGUCAUAUGGCUCUGAGAUCAUAUACCACAUUAGAAGCUUACCCCUUCUAACCUAGCCCAAGCUUUAUGUAUCUGUCCAAUUGCAUGUUUCCCAUUGCAGAUCAUUGAGAACUUUCCUUUGCAAGGCAGGCUCACUACGCAAUUGCUUGUCUCUUGAGUUUAUAUCCACUGAGCUAAACAACCAGGAAGUAACAGGGCUGAUAGACAGGGAGGUGGGAGGGAGGUGUAACAAGGGUUAAUUAUAAUAAGUGCCAAUUUCUAAUGAACGUCACCCUUUAUGUAAUAUGAAAAAAGAGGACACACUCUUCACACAUGUCAGGAAGUUGAAAUACUUUAGGUAUUUUGAAAGUUCCAUUAAAUUUUGAACUCCAUGCUUAUUUAUCCUACAAUUUAGCACCUUCAUCUUGGCUCCCUGUGCAUUAUCAAUAUAAGUUCUGUCUUUUGCACCUCACAGUCAGCAUAGAGAAAGCAUACAGAGAAGAAGAGAAAUUAAACAAUAUUUCUAUUUGUCCUCUACAUUUGCCAUGUUUGCCGUGGCUUUGCCUUGGGCAAUUGAAGAAACUCAUGAAAAAAUCAAAAAGGUUAACACAAGGGGAUUCAUAUUGUUUUAGUCAAUGGUGUAAAUUCUAGAGAGGAAACAGUUAAUCUAUUAGGCCCCCCAGAUAUAAUCAUCUCAAGAAUAGGGAUAAUACAAAAGAUACCACUCUCAAACAGUAUUGGUUGCAGAUGUGCUCUAGGGAACAUUUAAUUCAUGUUAUGUUUAGUUAUGCAUUUAAUAAAUAUUCUAGGAACCCAAAGACUUUCUUCGUGAUAUAAUAUGCCCAGUAACAUGACCUAAACCUCUCUGUCUCUUUCUUUGCAGUUUAGUACAUAGCAAGGGGUCAAGUUAAUUGUGAGGCUUCACUGUGAACUCUUCAAAUUUACGGGGGGAAAAAAAUAUGUGCAUCUGCCCUGCUGUUUGGUUGCUUAAUUACAAAAUAAUUGCUUGUAUUACUUUUAUUAGAAUCAUUAAUAUAUAAACAUUACCCUUUUAAGUAUCAACCGUUUAUUCACCUAAAAAUAAAUGUUAAUUUUGACAAUUAUUUGUUUUAAUUCCUGUUUAGUUUUAUCUUCAUUUAUCAAAAUAGUUUUGAUGUUAAUGUUAGUUAUCAUAACAAAAACCUUUGUACUUUUUCUUUUUUUCAUUUUUUUUUUUUUCAUUUACAGUGUGUUGUUUUUAACUGCUCAGAUGGACUAGACUAUAAAGCCAUGGGGAAAUUCUUCAAAGGUCUGGCACAGUCUGGAGCUUGGGCAUGCUUUGAUGAAUUUAAUCGUAUUGAGCUGGAGGUAAUUUUAACACCAGUUUCUCAGCAAACUUAGUAUGCAAUGCGGAUGCUGAGGCUGACAAGUGCAAAUAUAAAUGCAGAAAUAUAAUAUUGACUUUCAAAUUUAGCACUUUCAUGUGAACAUGUAACAUUACAGGGCAAAGAAUAAUAUCUGGAAUAUUAUAGUUUACUGGAAAAUGCAAAUGCAUUACUCAUUUUAUUCUAGAUUGCAAAAAAUAAUUUCCAUAUUUAAAAAUAUUACUAUUUUAAAAUAAUUAUUUUAUCAUAAUAUAUAAAAUAUAUUAUUUGCAGUGUAAAUUAAGGUAUAUACAGGAUUAUUAUCUUCUAUUUUCCCUAAAUUAUACAAAUUUAUUGAUUGAUGGAUAUUUUAGAACUCAUCAAAAGCAUUAUGUUAUGUUGUAUAACCCCCUUUCAACCAAAGCAAAUUGUUAUAAUUGUGUUAAUGUUUAAUAAUACAAUUUUUUUAAAUAUGCAGAAUGUAUAAUAAUAUUUUAUUUAAAUGCUGACCAUAAACAAAAUGAUGUUGACCUAUAGCUCUCAAUAUAUAUUUUUUAUCUCAUUUUCUGUUUUUAUACAGUGCUUUUCCUGCACUUUAUAAAUCUACAGAGAGAACCAGCUUGUACAUUUUAAAUAAUUUCUUCAUGCUUUUUUUUUUUUAGCACUGAACAAUUUUAUGAGGUACAGAACUCAUUCCACACCUGUCAGCUUUCAAGAAUAUAUAACAUUAAUUUAUAUAUAUAUAUAUUUAGUAUUUUUUUUUAUUUUGUAAAAUGCGUGAACAAAAUAUUAAAGUUUAAUUUUAACUUAAAGUGAAAAAUAGAACUGAAAUGGUCUCUCUAAGCUACAAAAUUACUUCAACUUAAUCAAGUGAUCUGGGGUCACAAAUACUGUCCCUGCAGCCUUGCAAUUGAAAACAGUGACAUUUUUAAAAACAAAAAUAGAACUGAUUGCAUUUUGCCUACCAGUUGCUCUCAGAUAGUCAUUAGGAAUUUAUCACAUAAAUAGAUUAAGUUAUUGAAUCUGUUUGAUAUAGAGGAUCAGCAUGUAGAGAAUGGUGACACCCGUUGCUGAGUGCAUUUGAUUUUAAUUAUUCUCAUAGAUAAGCCAGGGAUCGGCAGAUGAUCACGCAUGCAUUGUGUAUUCACAAUAUUUUUCUGAUUGGACAAAAGUAGUUUGAGUUUGAUGACUUUACAGGAUUCAAACUUCAAGUCUUUCUUGGAGCUGGCGUUUUUUUAGGUAGUUUUUAAAAGGCAAGUCCGGUAAUUUUAAAUAAAGAAAGAAACACAUCUAAUUAAAAACAGAUUUGUGUUUAGAAUGUUUCUUUAAAGUGGUAAAGGUAUGGAGAAUGAGAUGAGUAUCUUCAAAUACCUAUAUUUUCCAUAUAGACAACCUGACUGUAUUGAAUCUAUGUAGGCAUUUAAAUACCUAUAAUUUGCACCAAGACAAUUUAUAUGUACAUACUGUAUGCUGACUUUAUAUUCAGUGACUUGUACACGAGCAAAAUAUAGAUUUGUCCAAAUUGUUUCAUCCAAAUAUAUUAUUUUAAAAAUUGGAUGAACCAAAUUCUGUUCACUGAGUGGUUCAGCUCGUCCUAAUUUCGUCCAAUAAAUUCAUUUAGUUUUUUUGAUUUGGAUGAAACAAAUGGCAUGUUGUCAAGCUUGAUUUUUCUCCUUUUCCAACAGAGUGAAGCAGACAAAGUAGCACCAUAGCUGGUAAACUUGUGCAUUCAAUUUCCGAUAACUUGCGAAACGGACAAAUUUUGACCUAAUGGCAGGUUGUCCAAAAUCAUCAUUAAAUGGACAAUGCAUAAACAGUUUCAUUUGAUUCAUGAUUCAGUUAUCUUAUCAUGGAACCAAAAAAAGAAAUGAUUGAUGGGAAAAUUUUUAUUAAUGGACAGGGGAAAGCCACUAAACGUUUAUGCUAUUCACAGAUCAAUUGAGAAAUAGACUUGAUCUGAAAAAUUUGGUCUGUCUGAAUUGAUUCUUCUGGACAAAAAAAAUUAGGCUGCAAUUCUGAAUUUGUCCAUUUGGUGUUUUGGUUUGGUUACAUUUUGUCCAUGCAAUCAUUUCUGGAAAACAAUUCAGUUAAUUCAAAAUUGCACAAAAGUGGGUUAGUGCACAGCAAAAUACAUACUAAAGAAUGUAAAUAUUAUGUAUACAUUUUGCAGUACACCUCUAGACGCAUUUUCAUGCCAUGUGGUUAACAGAUCAUACGAGACAAAGUAAACAGUAAAGGAAAAAGGUGGAGCAGUAAAAAAACAAUCUAUAUGUAUAUAUUAUAUAUUUAUUGAAAUUUACAUUUAUUAAACAUCUAGUAAAAAAUAUCCAAUACAAUGAAAAAAGGAGGAGCAAUAACAUUUUUUUAUAUAUUAUAUAUUUAAUAGACAUUUUCUGGAUUAAUCAAUUUGGACAAAUCUACAGCUUGAUGUAGUACUUAUGGUGCCAGGAAGGAUUACCCUUCUACGUCCUGUGGUGGUUAUGGUGCUUGGAUUAUUCGUAAAUCCCAUGUUACAUAUUAUAUAAUGUAACAUUGCAUUACUUUUUCCACUUGACUUGUGUGAUUGAAUUAAGAAAAUAUCCCAAGCACCAUAACCACUACAGGGGCAGGAUAUCCACUACAUGCAAAAGAAAAGACACAGUCAGAAAACAUAUUUAUAUUCUUUAGAAUGGCCAGGCUUAACAGUAGACAGUUUUAAUACAUACUAAGAUAAGUCCAAGAAAAAGUUUGAGGUCAAGGAGCAUAGAAUUACACAAACUUUAGAAACUAACCUAGGUCAGGGAGAGCAGAAUUUUGGAAAAACUUACAACAAGUCAAUUUGGCAACUAAAUAAUCAGUCAGAAUAAAUGCAUAGACUCUUGGGUGUCAGAGACCAAGUCAGGGCAAAGGGCAAACAGAAAAAUGGUCUGUAAUAAGCUAAAUUCAGUGCUGAGACUUCAGACUUGCAUUACAUUUUGAGGCCAAAACAUGUGCAAUGUAUGUUUCAGAAAUUACAUGGAUGGCUGUAGCUCCAAAAUAUGAUGCAGGUCUGACUAGUCAUAAAGCAGUGGUCCCCAUCGUAAGUGACACCAGCAUGACACAGUUUUGUAUUACCCUGUCCAAUACUAGGUGAUUAUGAUAGACUAAGAGCACUGCUUUCCAGUUCCCAAAGGUUUUUGCACCAUAACGACUACAAUGAACUAUAAUGGCUAUAGUGCUAAGAACGCCAUUGUAAUAUUUCAAAAAGGAACUUCAAAAUAAUAUUGCAUCUAAGUUUACAUAACAAUAACGUGAGUCCUAGAGAAAGAUGUAUGUGUAUUGUAUCCAUAUAUAUAUUAACAUUAUUUUAUGAACAAUAAAAUUCAUAGUCUACGUCUGGAAAAUAGAUUUGGGUCAAACUGCCCUUAUGUGAAUUUGUUUUUACACACUAGUUAUUUUUUAAUGGUGGAAUUACAGUAUAACAAAUGCAAGCUUCCAGGGCACUAUGUUCUUUCUCCAGGCAAGAUUGAAUAAAAGCACGAAGUUACUAUCUUUGCUGUUAACCAUUAAACGUAUCACGUUAACAGAUAAGUGCAUAUAUUAAAUAAGCUUAUAGUGUAAAAUGUUACAAACGUACUCCAAGCAAAAUAACUCUGCAAGGAUAUCCCAUGUGAUUUACAAUAAUUAAAGUUCCCAUAUGUACUUGUAUGUUAUGUAUAUAUUCUGUGCAUGCAAGUCCAUACUAUGUCAGUGAUUGGUAUGAACUUGUAGAGAAGCUUUGCAUCAUAUUUGUUUUGCCAAUGCACAGUAUGUUCAUAAAUAUAGUCAGGUAUGUCAUGGAGUUUUUGGAAUAGCAUCAACAUUCAGUCAUUUGAAUUCAUUUUUUUUCCUCUGUUGCUGAGCUACCCCAAACAUUUUUCAAUAGUAGGGGAGGCUGAAGAUACAUCCACAAUCUUUGUAGAACUGCAAUUUACAUGAUUUUUCUUUUUGCCUUGGUAGGUGUAGCUCUCCAACAAAUAGGGAUCUAACUUUGGGCACCUCUGCUCUGGGGUGGUUUCUCACAAUUUGAACUAGACUUGGAGAUUCGUUUGAGGUUGAACAGCAGUUCGGCCGAGUUAGAGCCAAUCAGGUGAUCUGAAGAAUCUUUGAUUUUUGAAUUGCCACGUGCAGAAUUUUGCAGUUGCUAGCAUCAGAAAAAAGGAGAUGGAAUGGAGAAGAAGCAGUUUUAUUUAUUAUUUAUUUAUUUACAUAUUUAUUGGGUGGGGCAUAAGAGCUAAAAAGCUUGGUGGGCUGUAUUGCCAAUCUAAUUAACAGGAACAAAAAAACAUCAUUAGGAGACAGCCACUAAAUGUUGAUUUUAUUCAAGUGAACUGAAUGAAAGAAGGCUACAAAAUGAAGAGCAAUAUAACAACUGUUCUUCCAAACAGGAAUCUUAUAAACACGUUUUCUUCAGCUACAGAGAGACACAAUAGUACAAUGUGAUACAAUGUGUUUAGUCUUGGUGUGCCAGUGUUGGAGUGGCAGAUACCCUGAGACAUUGAUUCUAGCUUUAGAUUUAUGCUGUAGCUAGAAAGACAAUACUGCCUAGAGCGCUAGAGAUAACGUAAGUGGACGAUAGGAGAUUGUCACUUGAGCUGGCAGGCAUUUUGUCAUUGAUAAAAGAGAUAGUAGGAGUAUUAGGGGUGGCCAAAUCAACAGUUUGGUACAUUGUGAGAAAAAAAUUGAACGUACUAGUGAGCUCUGCAACACAUAAAAGGCCUGGACAUCCACAGAAAACACCAGUAGUGAUUGAUUGUAGGAUAUAAUCCAUGUUAAAGAAAAACCCAUUCACAACAGCCAAGUAAAGAACACUCUCCAGGAGGUAGGCAUAUAAUUUUUCAAGUCUACCAUACAGAGAAGACUUCACGAGAGGAAAUACAAAGGGUACACCAAAGGGUGCAAACCAUUCAUAAGUCUCAAGAAUAGAAAGGCCAUGUUAGACUUUGCCAAAAAAAUUCUAAAAAAAAAUACAGCCCAGUUCUGGGACAGCAUUCUUUGGAAAGAUAAAACUACCAUCAUCCUGUACCAGCCUGAUGGGAAGAAACAAGUAUGGAGAAGGCUUGGAAUGGCUCAUGAUCCAAAGCAUGCCACAUCAUCUGUAAAACAUGGUAGAGGUAGUGUGAUGGCAUGGGAAUGCUUGGCUUCCAAUGACACUGAGUCACUAGUGUUUAUUGAUGAUGUGACACAAGACUAAAGCACCCGGAUGAAUUUUGACGUGAAUAGGGUAUAUUGGCUUCUCAGAUUCAACUAAAUUCAGUAAAGGGUUGAUUGGACAGUGCUUUACAGAUGGACAAUUAUUAUUAUUAUGAUAUUUAUAUAGCGCCAUCAAAUUCCGCAGCACUUUACAAUGGGUGGACGAACAGACAUGUAGUUGUAACCAGACAAGUUGGACACACAGGAACAGAGGGGUUGAGGGCCCUGCUCAAUGAGCUUACAGGUUAGAGGGUGUGGGGUAAAAUGACACAAAAAGGUAAGGAUAGUAUUAGACUAGUGACAGUUGCAGAAGAGGAAGCUGUCAGGAGCUAUUAACAGUUUAAUUGAUAUGCGUUUAUGAAAAAGUGGCUUUUUAACGAUUUUUUGAAAGAGUGGAGACUGGGUGAGCAUCUAACGGAGGAGGUAAGUGAGUUCCACAGGAACGGUGAAGCCCUCAAGAAAUUUUGAAGGCGAGCAUCAGAGGUGGGAGUACGGACAGAAGAUAGACGUAAGUCUUCAGCAGAUCGUAAGGGCCUAGACGGGACAUACUUGUGUAUAAGGGAGGAUAGAUAGGUGGAAGCAGCAUUAUGUAGCGAUUGGAAAGCAAGAACCAGAAUUUUAAAUUGAGCUCUAUAGUUUAUAGGGAGCCAAUGUAGGGACUGACAGAAGGGUGAGGCAUGGGAGGUGCAGGCGGACAGGAAGAUAAGCCUUGCCGCCGCAUUCAUUAUGGACUGUAACGGCGCAAGUUGGGAGCACGUAAGACCACUGAGUAGCGGAUUACAGUAGUCAAGGCGAGAAAGGAUAGUGGAAUGGACCAACACCUUAGUCACAUCUGACGUUAAGUAGGGGCGGAUGCGCGCAGUGUUUUUGAGAUGGAAAUUACAAGAUUUGGCAAUAGAUUGAACAUGAGGCUUGAAAGAGAGGUCGGAGUCAAAGAGAACACCUAGGCAGCGAGCCUGCAUGGUGGAGCUGAUGAUAGCACCAUUGACUUGGAGGGAGACAGACACAGGAGUAACAACACUUGAGGGAGGAAAGACCAGAAUUUCAGUUUUGGUCAAGUUUAGUUUAAGGAAGUGGGCAGCCAUCCAGUUAGAAAUAACAGAGAGGCAGUCAGAGACACUAGUCAAGAGGGAUGGGGAGAGAUUAGGAGAGGACAGGUAGAUUUGCGUGUCAUCUGCAUAGAAAUUAUAUUGGAAGCCAAAGGAGCUAAUGAGUUUACCAAGGGAGGCAGUAUAGAUGGAGAACGGUAGGGGACCAAGGACUGAACCUUGGGGGACACAAACAGAGAGGAGUUGGGGAGAAGAAGCAGAGCCAGAGAAAGAAACACUGAAAUAGCGCUGGGAGAGGUAGGAGAGAGCAAUAUCUUGUAUUGCGGAGGAUGAGAAGAAGCUGUUGAUGAUCAACAGUGUCAAAAGCCACAGACAGGUCAAGGAGAAUUAGGAUAGUGGUGACCACGAGAAUUUUGCAGUGAGUAGAUCAUUGGAUACUUUGGUCAGUGCCGUUUCCACAGAGUGCUUAGCGCGGAAACCAGACUGAAGCGGGUCUAGCAGAGAGUUGGACUCGAGGAAGUCUGUCAAUCUCACAUACACAAUUCUCUCAAGGAUCUUGGAUGCAAAAGGCAGUAGCGAGAUAGGAUGAAAGUUGGAUGGGGAGUUAGGGUCAAGAUUGGGCUUCUUUAGAAUUGGGGUUACAGAUGCAUGUUUAAAGGGUGAUGGAAAUAUACCAGAGGAGAGAGAGAGAUUGAGAAUUUUAGUGAGAGGUGGAGAAAGAGAAGAAGACAGAGUACGGAUGAGAUGCGAGGGAAUUGGAUCUAGUAGACAUGUGUAAUUCGUUUUGGUCCGAAAUCUGACGAAUUUCCGGCAAUUCGAACAUUCGGGUACUUCCGAAUGUCCAAAUUGCCGAAUUGCCGAGGUCCCGAAGUUCCGGAAGUGCUGAAGUGCCAAAGUUGCCGAAGUUCCGAAGUGUCAAAGUGCCGAAGUUCAGAAGCACAGUAUUGCCUAAGUACUAACAUACUUACCCAGUGAAAGAAGAAGAAUAUUACAUUGUAUACAAUUUUAAAUAAAAAGUAUACAAACAUAGCCAGGAUUCAGCUGUAAGCAUUUGCAACACUUACAACAAUCGAGUAACAUACAUUCAUAUAAAAUGUAAGUUACUUAGCCUGUCAAUGUAAUGACAGGAAUGAAUAGGUAGAUAACUCCCUAAUUCCCACAGUAUUGUCUACUAAGCGGCUGCCGAAGUGCCGAAGUCCCGAAAUUCCAAAGUGCCCAAGUUGCGAAUUUCCAAAGUGUCGAAUUGGCGAAGUCCUGAAUUGCGAAAAUCCAGAAUUUCCGUAUUGCGAACCGAAAAUUAUCCCCAUGCACAUGCCUAGGAUCUAGGGAGCAGGUGGUGGGGCGGGCGGACUGCAGCAGAGCAGAAACCUCUUCCAAUGUAGCGGGUGUGAAUGAACAUAGAACAGCAGAGGGAGUGAAGUUAGAGGAAGUAUUGUAAGGGGAAGAAGAAAGAUGAGACCCAAAACAUACAGUGAAAGCAACCCAGGAAUUCUCGAGGACAAAGAAGUGGAAUCUUCUGCAAUUGCAGAGUCAAUCACCUGAUCUCAACCUGACCAAACCUGCAUUUAACUUCCUGAAGAAAAAAACCUAAGGCAGAAAGACCCAUGAACAAACAACAACUGAAGACAGCUGCAGUACUAUCUGACAAAGCAACACAAAGGAGGAAACCCAGUGUUUGGCAAUGCCCAUAAGUUUCAGACUUCAAGCACUCAUUGCCUGCAAAGGAUUUAUGUAUGGUUGUGUUAAAAUGUCCAAUUACAUGUGAGCCCCUGAAAUAAUGGGACUGUGUAUUACAAUGGUUGCAAUUCCUAAACAAUUCAUACAAUAUUUUUGUUCAACCCCUUAAAUUAAAGCUGAAAGUCUGCGCUUCGAUUGCAUCUCAGUUGUUUUAGUUUAAAUUCAUUGUGGUGGUGUACAAAGUCGAAAUUAGGAAAAUUGUGUCAGUGUCCAAAUAUAUCCAGACCUAACCGUAUAUACUUCUACAACACUGUCAAAUAAUACUAUCACCCACUAUCUUUUAUUUUUUUUUCCCCUCGACACAUCUCAUACGUAACAACUGAAAAAAUAGCUGUGCGAGAAAAUUGGGCUUUAAUAUAACCUUUGUCCUCACAUAAAAGUUAAAGCAAUUGGCUGGGUGAACCAUGAUUUCAAUUGGUUGAUAUAUUUUCUCCCAUAGACUGAAAUCAAUUUUGCUUUGCUUUUCACUCUUUGGGAAUAGAAAACAAAAAAAUUAAACAUGAUGUACUAAACUGUAUUCAAACUGCUCUAUCUGUAAAAAUGAGUUAUGCCUGUAGAUCAGUAAAAAGAUCUGUGCUAUUUACUAUCACGGUUUGCUGGCUGACUUACAAAAUAUAACUCAGUCCUUUCAGCAAAAUAUUUUUCCUGCCUAGGUGAAGUGUUUUCACAGUGCCAGCAAAGAAAAUGGCAGAAUUACCAUUCUAUAGCUGUAAACAGCAAAAAUCCUUUUGCAGCCAUUAUGCUACCGAUGAUGUUAGAAAAAUACAUGCUGGGGACCCCCACUGUACCAGGAAAACCAAUCAACUCUAUCCCUUUGAAUAUCAGAUCACAUGAUUUCCCUUUAAGUGCAAAGAGACAGCUAUGUUUUAGAAUCCACGAUAAAACAAAUCUGUAAGGCACGUUACUGUCUUGAUAAAAGCAUGCCUGGGCUAUUCUGCUAAAUUACAUUCUUGUUGAUUCCUCUUGAUAAAAAAAAAAAACACUGCUCUAAAAUAUCAUAAUGUGUUAUAACCAGAGGGAGAAUAGUGGCUGACAUUUUGAGGAAGUGAUGAACACUAAACUAAGGGGAUUGUAUUGAAUGAACAACAAAAAAGGUGUAUUGCAAUUGUCUGGUCCCUGUCGACUAACCAAGUGAUCUUUUCAGAUGAUAUGUAUAUAUAUUGAAAAUGCUUUCUGAAAUUACAUGAUAUAUUAUACAUCAAUCAUUUUGAAAUAUUCCCAGUUAGCAUAUAGUAUGCUUUUCAAAUUUGUGUAAAUCAACAUAUGCUUUCAUUCCUAAUGUUUUGUUACGUGCUUGUUUUUUUCUGCUUCAUUUCCUAAUUAUAUAAAAAUAUCCCUGUUUAUGGUCACCAUAGUGAAAUAAGUCUAACCUUCUCUAACACUUUUCACACCCUGUCCUGGAUGAUAGAAUGAGCAUUGCUUAACCCCUUAAGGACCAAACUUCUGGAAUAAAAGGGAAUCAUGACAUGUCAAACAUGUCAUGUGUCCUUAAGGGGUUAAAGGAACACUAUAGGGUCAGGAAAAGAGCAGAGCAUGGAGAUGCUGAACUGACCCAGGAAGCACCUUUUAGUGGCUGUCUGAGUGACUGCCACUGGAGGUGUCCCUAGGCAGCAAUGCAUAUCUGUAUUCCUAACGCUACAGUUUCCAAGUAAUUUCUUAGUUUAAGACCCCCCCCCCCAGUGUUCAUUUGAAAUGAACUAAAAUGAAAUAAAAUAAAUUACUUACUUUCUCUCCAGCAUGGAGUCUCCCUCAACUGCAUCUUGUGGAGUCCAGUCCUCGAUGCAUCAGGGCUGUUUUGGCAGCAUGAGGGGGACCUACACAAUAUUAGGCAGGUAGUCUUAAUGUUGUGGUUGAUCAGUAUAUAUAUUAUAUAUAUUAUAAGUGUGAUCUAUAAACACAUCUGACCUUCAAAAACAUAUAUUAAGGAGCAAUGGUGCUAAAAUGCAGUAUAAAAACCAACAGCUGCUAAAAAUAAAAAACCCCACCCAAGUGUCAUGUCAAGUUAACACUUAAUACAUACGUAAAACCAGGAUAAGAGCAAGGUGAUUGCGUACAUGAUUAUGUAAGGUACUUCACAGCAAACAAUGGCAGUAUAAAACCUAUAUGGUAUAAACAUAGAAAGCCAUCAUAGUGUAAAAUGUAUAAAAACCUUGUAUAAAAAAACAGAGUAAUUUGGAACAGUCACAUAUUUUAGAGCCCAUAAAAGUCCAUAAAAUCUCAACUUGAUGCAGCAUACAGGGCUUCAAUGCCAGGUCCCCCAAAGAGCAGCUGUAUUCCUCUGUUUAGAAGAUAAGGAACCAAAAUUGUAUAAACAGACUUUUGUCACAUAAAUAAAACCACAACAAAAUAAAACCACUUAGUACAACGCAUUUCGACCACAGCUAGGGUCUUCCUCAGGUGUAUCACUGACUUUAUAUGUCUAUUCUUGCUUGCCGUUAUCUUCCUAUGAAACUUCUUCAUUUUCAUGAGGUCUUCGUCAAUAAAUGGUACACACACAAAAAAAAGAAAAAGAAAAAAAUAAUUUAAAAUAAAUGCUCUAGGUUUUCAAUUGAGCCCAUGGUGCAGGAUAGGAGAGAUCUUUAAACACGUUAUUCUUGUACACUUCAUGUAACCAAUAUAGACAUUUUCAAAUGUUCUCUCCAUAGGUACUUUCUGUAGUCGCCCAACAGAUUCAAACGAUUCAAAGGGCAAUAUCGGAACAGGCAGAAACAUUUAUGUUUGAGGGCACUGAAAUACGCUUGGACUCAUCAUGUACAGUAUUUAUCACCAUGAAUCCUGGAUACGCAGGAAGAGCUGAACUUCCAGAUAACUUGAAGGUAACAUAUUGUAAAACCAAUCAAGCAAACAUCCAGAUAAAUCAAUAUGUUAAUAAAACCCACUGGCAACAUGUGCAGAAGCUGACUGAAGCAUAAACGGUUUAACUUCACAGCACAUUUUUCAAAGUUUCAUGCAAUUUACAUGCAAAAAUGUUACACGAAACAGUAGUUAAAAUCAUGUUCUUAAUUAUAAAGACAAGAAAUUUGGACAAAUGUUUUAAUUGUCUCAAUUAACAAAACAAAACAAAAUAUAUACAAUGCAUAACAUCAUUUUAUGGAAAGUAUAGACAAAAGACAAAUUCUUCAGACACCAAUAUUUCAUUUUACACUUGGAGCAGAACCCACCACAAAAAUACCUACAUGGUGGCUGAAAGGUGUUGUUUUUGUCUUUUGUUGUUCUUCUGUUUCUGUUUGUAAAUAUUUUGCAUAUAGCAGUCUUUGUUAACAUAUUCCCAAAUAACAUAGAAAAUUGAUUUCAUGCACUAUGCAAAUCUACAUAUAACAUAAACCUGAUCUGUUUAUGAGAUAAACAUUUAAAAAUGUUCUAAUUUUGGAACAAUUGUGUGUCAUUAAUCCUAAAUUAAAAUAUCACCAUAUUAGCAGCUCCCUUGUGAUUAUGUUCUCCUUCUGCGGCUAGUUUUUUCAAGUCAUCUAAAGACUGUUCCCUCUAGACCCAGAACUAAGCUUCUCUUCAUUAGAACCCAGUUUUCAAUUUAAAUUUUAAUUAGAACAGACAACCAGAAUACUUACAAUUCUGUUUAAUUUCCAUAUCUUGCUAAUCAGCAGUAGGUGAAUUUCCUAUUUUUAUACAAGAGAUUAAGUUUUAUCCACCAGAGAUUUACAGCUUAUAAUAUUUAUAUGCACUAUCUUAUAUGUUUAGGAAAGGUACUGACUGCCUAUGUUCUCAUUAAUGUAAUAGGGAAAAUUAAAAAAACAAAUUAUAUAUAUUUAGUGCCUACAGGUCAAAAGAAAUAUAAAAUAUUUUCUCCUUUGUACAAUUAAAACUAGAAGCCAUUUUGCCAGACUUGGCGGUCGAAUUAAUAUUUAAUUUAAUACAACCUUCCACCUAUUCACCCGUGUAUGGUGGUAAUAACACAAUUAACUUAACUUUGAAUACACAGCUUCCGUUCAGUUACCUCCCAAUAUGGUAGGCAAUACCAGGAUAUAAACAAAAUACAAAAUGUAGGGAUCCAGCUGAUAUCACUAAAACAGGUAAAUAAAACAAAACAUAAUAUAAUACUGUUAUAACCUCUAAUAGCAAGACACUUAACGGUUGCACUCACAAAUUUGAUGUGAUAAGAAAGCCUUCAAGUUGCCUCCCCUGUGGUAUGGGGAUAUAGCCCACUCCUGGUGGUGAUCCAAAUCUGGAAGCCAGGAAUUUCAGGAACUCCAAGUAUGUAUUAAGGUACAACAUUAUUUAUUGGCAUAGAUUAAAAACAAAUACAUUAAAAACAUUUUUUUUUAAACUGCCCUACGCGUUUCGUGGAGAACUUCCUCAGGGACUAAUAUUUCAAAUUUAUAUAAUAAAAUCAAACUAUGCCCAAUAAAGUCUGAUACCUCCCUCCCAAGAUUUCCUUUAAAUAUGGUAAGUUGCAGAAGUCCUAGAUGUCCCGAUGUAUUUUACUUUUGUGUGUAUUUUACUUUUUUCUAUAAAAGUCUCUGGUUAUAAAAAUAUUUUUUUCUCACAUGUUGUUAAUUAUAAGUUGAGUUUAUUUAAAAAUGAAACGUAUACAUUAUCAUAGCAACAUAGUAUCAACUAGAAUAUUUUAAUUUCAGAGACUUUGAUAAAUGUAAAAAGCCUUUAUCCGAGCCACCAAAAGUCAGUGGUAAACGUUUCAAACAUUUACAGAUUCAUUUGUUGAGCUGUAAGUAACAGACCAGAAUAAACUAAUAUGUUGUGGUUUGCUCACUUAUGACUUUAGUUUGUUAAGUGGAAGGUAAAAUGAUAUACAUAAAUAUUUAAGAAAGCAUUUCUUGAUUUAAUACUGAACCCUUUUACAGACUUCAUAUAGAUUAAUCUUUAAACAUGUAUUAAUAUAAAAAAUAAUACAAUAUAUAUAUAUAUAUAUAUAUAUAUAUAUUUUUUUUUUUAACAUAACUAAUUAAACAUCCAUUGCUAUAGUGACAAUAGAUUGGUCUAACAAGUAAAUGACAGAAAAACAACAUAAGUGAACAGAGGAUCGGGAAAUAAGAUCUUUAUAUAUACUCAUAAUAUACACAUAAUACACAUAAUUAAAAAAACAAAACAAAACCAUAACAGCAUGACUCAUGUUGUUUUUCCCAAUUGCAAGCUUGAGAAAAGUGGAGCAAGCAUUGGAUGCUAAGUAAAUGUGCCCAAGCUGUGCCCAGAUACUGCCUCGCUACUUAACCCUGUUAUUUUGGGUUUCACUAAGCAUUUCAGAAUGCUACACUGCGUAAAACUUAAUAGAAUGUAGGCUCGAUUCCUGCAGUUCUCAUGUAGAACUGUAGAUUACAUCAUUUAGUAUAUUCAGAGGUGAGCAAAAAAGCAAGUGUGACUGAUCUAAUAUCACGCUGUGUUUUACAGAAAGGAGUUGUUUAGGGAGAUAAAAUGCACACGUCUUUCAAGUUUUUUUUGUUCCUUAGCAUCCAAGUAGCUAUGGAAUUAUUUGAUCUCACCAAGUUAGAAAUGAACAGACUUAACUACUUUAUCUUGUGAAAUAAAGUUUAUUAAGCCUGUUAAACCUGCUGAUAAUAUAAAAUAGAAGUCCAAUAAACAAGCGCUGGAUAUAUGCAUGAUGAUACAGGGACACAGCAGCCUAGAAAUGACACCCCUGUUUUUAAUGCAUUGUGAGUCUGCAAAGUUUAGAAGGAAGCAACUCAAGAACUGUCAGCCACGUUUUCACUAAUGAAUGGGAAUACUAGAAAAUAUAUGCUAAAUUGCAAAAUAUCAAAUUGCCUUUCGGACCACUCUGAUUGAGGUUGCAUUGCAUGGGGAACCCCUUAUAUAUGCUUUUCCCACGCGUUGCAAGCUCAGUCUGCACGGAGCCCUCGAUGGACCAACACAGAUUAAUAUUUUUGGCCUUGCGUUUUUUUUUUUCCAUCUGUAGUUUUUGCGAUCUGGUUUUAAUUUUUUAUUUAAAUAGUAGUGUUGGGACAUUAUGGAUUUUAUUUGGCCUUUUUGUGGGCUGAAGAAAAAAGGAUCAAAGAAGAUAGAAAUCAUCUGAUGGUAAGUAACAUUUUUAUUAUUUUAAUAGUCCCUACUACUACUGUUAGGGUGAGGGGGUAAACAGCUUUUAUUUAUGGGGUGACUAGGAGCUUAGGAACUUAGUCACCUGUGGGAAUGGAAAUAAUUUUUGGGUGGUGCACAAUGGCAUGUCUAACCUCUCAGUAUAUAUGACUAGAGCCCCCACCUGUCGCCCCUGGUUGAGAGCAAGAGGAGACAUUAUGUUCCACAGUUAUCAAUAUUGGAACCCCAUGGGUGGUGGCUGGGGGUACAACUGGUCCCCCCAUUAUUAAUAUUAGAGUUCCUUUGCACUGCUGAAGGAUUAGGCCUGAGGGGAGACUAAUCUAUUAAUAUUACAGCCCCCACCUACUGACCUUGAGUGGGGGCUAGGGGAAAAUUAGGUUCCCCGUUAUCAAUAUUAUAGCCCCAACUGACCGCCCAUCAGUGUGGACUGGGAAUGAUGACACUUGAUCCCUCCCAUUUAUUAAUAUAAGAAUCCUCACCCAUUGCCCAGUGAGGGGCUGGGCAGGUUAUUAUGCCCCCCCGGUUUAUUGAUUAGAGCUCCCACCUGCUGACUAUGCGUGGUGCUCUUGUGCAGCAUGGUGAGUGAGGUCAUGGGGUAGAUAUAAAACCUCACUAAUGUAGGGUUCAUAUUGACCUCCACAAACUUUUAUUUCAUUUCUUUUUUUAACUGGGCUAGUCACUCCUCACUCACCAGCAAUGUGUAAGAGAUUAAAAACGUAAUCAUUUCAACUGAAUUUCAUUUCUCACAUGAUUAUGCAAAUUAAAUUUGGGCAAUCCAAAGCAGAACAUGGCUGAACUUCAGCUCACCUGAAUACUGCCAAAUGUUUCCACCAUGCACAAAUCUACUGCUAUUCCCACUAUCCUCAGUCAGAUACUACCAAUAGUGAAGAUGGUGGUGGUGGAGGUGUCAUCUGUCCUUAUGCUGUAUAGCAGACAUGCCCCUACUUGUGACAUGCUCCCACUUGCCCCCACCAGGAAUGGCACUCUGAUUCACCAAUCAAAACAAGUAUGUGUUGUGCGAGUCCCUUGUUCUGAAACUCUGGCAUUUGGCCAAAGAUCGGAAUUUCAACUGAUCGUCACAUUACGAUUUAUUUAAAUGAAUUGCAGUUUGGAACAAAACAAAUCUCCAAGACUACAUAUCACUCUUGAGAACUAAACAGUGAGUUGUGUUACCCAAGGACCUACUUUUCAAACCUACCCUCACUAACACUAACAAAUGGAGUUUGAAAAAGCAGGAAUGGAUAUUUUUUAUCAACAUGUUUUGUUUUUUUAAUCAACAUUUUUGCAAGUCACUUCUAAAGUUGCUGUUUGCUAUAUAAAUCAAACAAUGCCUCCUCAAAUUAGACAGUAGUUCAGUUUUACAGAGCUUUAGACUUGUCAUUGAGCAUAUGUUCAGCUUGUUAAGAUUAGUCCCACCUCAAACAAACUCAAUCUCGGAAGUAUUUACCUAUAAGUUUAAUGUGACCCGAGACUUCUUGACACAAGGCUAAUUUAUCAAUUUCAAUUUAGUUUUUCUAUUGCCCAGCUUCAUCAGUAUAAAAAGAAAAAAAAAUCAUAAUAUAUAAAAAAAUCUGUUUUAUUGCAAGUAGAUUGUUAAAUUAAAUGAUUUAUUGCAGUUUGUUCAAAUUGCAUCUUUAAUAUCCAUUAGGGUAUUCUACACUGUCAAUAAUGUACUAUGCAAUGGUAGGGGUCAAAGGGUUCAAAACUGAAUUUGUGAAGUUCUCUUCUAACUGUGUUAAUGGCUUCUGGUAUCUGUAUGAAUGGAUAUGCAAAAACAUAUUCAAGGUACGAGAAUGACUUAACCAAUGUACUACCCUCAUAUUCCAGGUUUUGUUCCGGACGGUGGCCAUGAUGGUUCCUGACUAUGCUUUAAUCGCUGAAAUCUCGCUGUAUUCAAUGGGUUUUGUUGAUGCCCGAAGUCUUGCAGCUAAAAUUGUAGCUACAUAUAGGCUAUGCUCUGAGCAGGUAAGAAUGUGAAGAUUGAUACUUGCCUUCUGCCUUAAACGUCAUUUAUAAUUUGUUCUUUGAGACCGAAAUAAAACGUUAAAAUCAAAUCUAUUGAAAUACUUAACCCUGUGAAAAUAAUAAUUAAAAUGUACUGGUUAUGCAUUGCAUUGAUGUGUAGACAAAACAGCUUUAUUUAAUGUGUUAGUUAAAAUUCCUAUCAAAUAUAUUUCUUAAGCUAUUUUUUUUAUAUAUAUAUAUAUAAUUGAUAUAAAUGUUAAUAAUAAUAAUAAUAAUAUAUGAAGCAAAUUGCACACAUGCAUGUACAAAUGGAUAUGGCAGCAUGCCAAGAAAAGUAUUGUGCAAUAUCAUCAUCUGUAUUUUUGCUCAGAUGGAUAUGUACGGAAGAGCUCUCAUCCACAGUUACAAUUUUGGGGUUAACAGUACAAGACCUGAGAUAAUUUGUAUCUUUUAAUCCAUACCUUUUGUUUAGAAAGCUGCUCCUCAGAAUGUUUUGUGGAUAGUAGAUCUACUUUAAUUUAAAAUAAUGGUGCUUUAGAGGGGGUAUAAUGGCAUUAUACAAAUAUAUACAGGGCCACUACAAAUCAUUGUCUAGAAAUGUAUUAAUAAACAGGACUAUACAUAGGACACAAUGUCACUCAUUUAGAUUGGAAGAAAGGAGAUUUAGUCGAAGGGAAAGGAACGUUGUUGUUUUUUACAGUAAGAGGAAUAAGAAUGUGGAAUUAUGUGCAUGAAGAGGAGUUUUUAUUAGAGUCUGUACAGAUGGCUAAACAGCAACUGGAUGCAUACUGGUAAAAACAUAAUAUUGAGAGAUAUCAUUUUUAAUUUGUGUGGUAAUAGCUUCGUGAUCAAAGGAUACAUCUAACUUCCAUUUUGGGGUCAAGCGGGAAUUCAAACUGGGUUUUUUUUUUGCCUUCUUAUGGAUCAACAUCAAACAGAGGUGAGAGAGGCUGAACUUGAUGGACACAUGUCUCUUUUCGGCCUAUGUAACUUUAUACCUUAAUAUCACAUAUUUUCCCAAUAUUCAUACUUGUAUACUCUUUACAAUUAUGUGUUUCUAGGGGUAACACUAAACAAGAUCCUUCCAUAACAAAAGUUAUCCAAACUUAGGAUAUCAAUCUCACUGUAGUUAAAUACCAUUGAUUACAAUUUUUAUAUGUUAAAUUUUGAAAUUUACUACCUUGCAUAUUCCAAGGCAAAAUGUCUACACCAGACACAGCAGCUUUAAUAGACUGCGUUUUUACAAUUCUACCAGCACGCCAAGUAAAGUAUGCAAUUGCAAACAAACAGGUAUAUCAGAUAUGUUCAUUUUCAAACCCACAUUUAUUCAGGACCCCUUAGCCAUGACACACUGUUUCAAAACACAGCUCUAAUACCAGUGCAUGGGUGAGGAUCUGAAAAGAUCAACGGUUAUACAUAAGCUGUAGAGCUCUACUUGUGUCCAGUGGAUAGAGUCUGUAUGUAGUCAGGCAGUACUACUUCAGUGGUGAUAAGUCUAUUUUCAGAAUUUUUUAAAAUAUGGUCUUUCAGAGCAGAUGUGUUCAAUUUAAAUUUUAGCCUUGGAUAUGCAUGGAAUAAAUGUGUUUCCGAAUUUACUUACUGUAACUUAACCGUUUAGUCACAUUUUGAUAUCCCCACUACCUUAAUAAUACUUAGUUUUUUAUAUAGCAUAAACAGCAUAUGCAACUCUUGAGACAGUUUAAUAAACAUGCACCAACAUGUAAAGAGAGAGUUCUGUACAAACUGAAAGUACAAACAUUUUUAAUGGGGAAAAAAACCCUAGGUGAGAUAGCCAAUUAAAACAAAAAGUAUUCUUGUUUUGUUUUUCUCUUCUAAAAUCAUACCAUUUCAUUUGGGGAAAAAAUGCCUGGUCUAGUCUCUUGAUAAAAUGCUUCUGCUGAUAAGGGCAUUAUAACCUUACAGCUGAUAGCUUUGCAUACUACUUUACCAACAAGAUUUAACAGCUAAGGAAGGAAUUCUCACUACCUUGCCCCUCUCAUUCUCAACUACACCUAGGUCAUGCCUUUCCUAUCCUUCAGCUUUUCUCCCAGGCUACUGAACAAGAAGUGGCUGCGCUUCUCCUUUCCUCUUGACCCACCACUUGCCCGCUUGAUCCUGUCCCAUCUCACCUUAUCAGAUCUCUCUCCUCUUGUCUUGUGCCUUCCUUAACACACAUCUUCAACUGCUCUCUCUCUUCUAAUGUUGUCCCUGCUGCACUUAGACAUGUUACUGUAGUACCUAUCUUUUAAAAAACAUCUUUUGACCCAUCCUCCCCUUCUAACUAUCGUACCAUAUCCCUGCUCCCUUUUUCCUCAAAGCUUUUGGAAAGACUGAUCUUUACCCGUCUGACUCACUCAAAUGCAGCUAUUCAAACUGUGGAAGCAAUCACAUUCAAUUUCAACAAACAAAAAAAUCAAGAUAAGACCAAAACAUGUAGUGGGCAGCGCAAUUACCUAAAAAGGUGAUCUCACAAUACAUUCUGUCCCAAUAAUGUAAUUGUGAGACAAAAAUAUUGGUGUUCGCAAGGGUGUGCGAUGUCAGUUCCGGUUCCGGUCCCGGUCCGGGGCAUGAUGCGUUCCAGCAGCUAUUAUAUGUGUUCCACCGGCCGAUUUCCAUUCCAGCUGCCAUUUUGUUAAUUCCACUGACGUUAUAUAUUUCCUGGAUUAAAGGGAUUCUAUAGUGCCAGGAAAACAAACCGUUUUUCUGGAACUGUAGAAUCCUACAGUGCCCCCUCCCUUGCACCUCAACUCCCGCGUGGCUGAAGGGGUUAAAACUCCUUUGGUCACUCACCUGAACCUAGCGCCGAUGUCCCUUGGAGCUAAGUAAAGCUCCGCCCACGCUCCACCUUGGCAACAUCAGCAGGCGGGGAAGAUCUAAUGUGCAUGCAUGGCAAUGACCAUGCUCACAUUAGGAUUUCCACAUAGUAAACCAUUAUUCAAUCCUAUGGGGAAAAUCUGAUGCUGGAGGUCCUCAUACAUAGUGUGAGGACGUUCAGUGUCAGAUAACAGACCAAAGGUCCGUUUCCAUUCCGGAAGUCCCUCUAGUGGCUGUCUGGUAGACAGCCACUGAGAGCAGACUUAGAGCUGCAAUGUAAACAUUAGGUGCAAAAGGGACACUAGAGGAGGAGUUAACCUUGCAAGGUAAUUAUUGCAGUUUCUUAGGUUAAUUACCUUGCAGGGUUAAGGGACAUGGGACAUUGCACUCAGACCACUCCAAUGAGCUGAAGUGGUCUGGGUAUCUACAGUGUCCCUUUAAGUGCAAUCUUCUUUGCGAAUCAUUGUAAAUCUCAUCCCGCUAUUUCCAUUCCUUGGGGCUCCUUGUUAACUUACCCUAUUGGGUAUAUUUCAGUACUAUAGCUUCCAUCAGAGUCCAAGCAGGCCAUUCAAGAGUCCAUUACAUUUAAAGGCACUGUGUACAUAUACAAAAUAUUAAAUAAAAAGAAGGAAAAAUCAUUAUAACAACCAUGUAUAUCUAAAAAUGUAAUGUAAAUAUAUUAAAAAUAUAUAUAUAUAAAUUGCAUUUAAAUUAAAAAAAUAUUUAGUAUACAAAAGUGUCUUUCCUAAAUAUAAUAGCAAAUGUCAAAGAGAGGGUUUCUAAAUGAAGGAUUCAUUCCAUAUCUAUUUUAUUUAGGAUCUUAAGAAAGUCCCCCCUCUUCGUGGUUUAGCCACUCUCUGUAUACCAAUAAAAUUCCAAUCAUUUAAAAUCACAAUUGUGGGCUUUUGCAAAAUGAGGAGAUACUGAAUAUGUUAAAACCUUAUUUUGGAUAUUCCUUAGAUAUUCAAGACCACAUUCACAUGUUAAAAGAUAAAUUACAUUCUUUGUAAUAUAAGUGAUAAAAUCAUUAAUAAAAUACUUCCUAUUCGUGCCAUUUUAGAUCAAAUAUUUAGUUUUUUUAGAGAUAAUAUUGGUGGUUUUAAAUGCCUUGCAUUGCCCACAAUUAUGAAACCCUUUUAAUUUAGUACCAGAAAUAUUUGCAGCAACCAUUUUAUUUUUUGGGACACAACUUUUUGUAAAAAUAUUCUUAAAAUGUCUUGCUCCUCUGUAAACAACCCUUGGUUUGUCACCUAUACACGUGCAGCGCAAUGACCUAAAAACGUGAUCCCACAAUACACACUGUCCCAGUAAUGUAAUUGUGAGAUAAAAAUAAAAUAAAUGACAGACACCUAGAGAGGUAAUGUAUGUAGAUUAUCCCUGCAACAUAGACAAGAGAAUACAUUCUCAUAAGGUAAUAUAGUAGUAACUGCAGACUGUGCUAAGAGGCCUCUCAGACAGUCGAUCACCUAAUAGCAGAAUGCAAGAUGUUAGCAGGAACAGCAUAUAUGGAGAAACACAACCAAGUUGAUGGGAUUGUGUACAAAAACAUCUACACAUAAUAUGGAUUGGACCUGCCUAUGCCCAGAUGGGAGAUACCACAAAGGGUAGUUGGGAAUGAUAGGGCUAAGAUUCUGUGGGACUUCAAGAACCAGACAGACAAGCAGGUGCUGGACAACUAACCCAACAUCGUGGUGGUAGAUAAGGAACGGAAGACUUCAGUCGUGGUGGAUGUGGCAAUACCCAGUGACUAUAACAUCAGGAAGAAGGGGGCAUGAAAAGGUGGAGAAAUGCCAAGGAUUGAAAGAAGAGCUAAAUGGAUGUGGAAAGUGAAGACAGUAGUAAUCCCAGUUGUGAUAGGAGCACACAGGGCUGUGACUCCCAAGUUGGGAGAGUGGCUUCAACAGAUUCCAGAUGGGACAUCUGAGAUCGCUGUCCAGAAGAGUGCAGUUCUAGGAACAGCUAAGAUUCUGUACGGAACCUUCAGACUCCCAGACCUCUGGUAGAGGACCCGAGAAUGAUGAGUAAACAUACCACCCAGGAGGGGUGAGAAAAUCAAUUUGAUUAUAUAUAAAAUCAACAAAACAGGAAUGCAAUGGCACUCCCUCCUAGAUACAAAAUUCCAUAUACAAUGCCUGGGUGCUCUCAUUUAAGCAAUAUAUAAUUCCACAAAGUCAAGAAUAUUGGCACUCACUCGCAAAAAUUGUCUUUGUUUCUUUAUUUCUUUAUGUGACGAUAAACUUUUUAAAUUUGAAAUGCCCUCUAUCAUUGUGUGACUAAAGAAGAUCUAAAUUAAAGGAGGUCCAGACUUACCACCAAGGUGUGACUAAGCAAAGAAUGGGCUGACCAUUAGGUAGAGCAAGCAAAAGUCAGAUGAAUGGCAUCAUACCCGUCACACUUGACUGCUCAAGAAGAAAGAAAUAUGCUAACCAUCAUGCUAAAUACUUGGGCCAGUUUUUUCAAAAAGUAUAGCUAUGAAGUGCACCUUUAUCAUCAGGAUCAUUAUAUCACCAUACUGACCUCCCUGUAUAUUUUACUCAUACCUUGUUGCUCAGUAUCUCUCUCUCGCUACCACAGAAAUAAUUUACAGACCCGUUCUUCUGUUCCGUUGACCUACUUAUUCACACAAUGAAUAAAAGGUCUGUAAGGCUUCUGUGUUUAUUUAUAAUUGAGCCUCGACUGUCACUUUUAGAUUGAUUAAUUAGUCUAAUUUCAUUCCAACAAUGUUUUGAUAGUUUCAUACAUAUUCAUCCUAUUUAAAAUUAAACCAUGUCACAAAUGUCGUUGCUCAUUUAGCUACUAUUAUGAUCUAUGGCUACUUGGGUUUUAUUUUUUUUCGUUUUUUUCUUUUCUUUGUACUCUAAUGCAUUCUCUGGAACAGCUCUGAGAUUAUCAGCAAAGAUUAUGUUCUGCUUUAGUUUUUUUUUCUUUGCAGCCCAGCCCCCAGUACAAACACAUUAGCAUUGUUUCAACCUAACAUUUUAUCUGGUUGCUUUGUGUCCUGGCCCUUGUUUCAGGAAAAUGUAAAAAGAUGGAUAAGGGGCUAUUAUUUGAUAGAAAACCAUUACCCUUUAGGGGGACUACAUGACCUGCAGCACAAAGAUUUUACAUCCCAACAGAUUCCAUUAUUCAUUGCUAUCUUUCUGCUGCCACUUGUCACUGUGUAACCGAUGCUAUGUUUGGUACUCAAAGUAUUUCAAGGUUUUAAAAACUUGUGAAAGCAUAUAUAAUGCAAUUUGUCUGUAUUCUUGACCGUAUAAAGUUGCCGAAGAGAAUAUUUUAUUUUUAAUUAAUAAGAAAGAAAUAGAAAACCAAGUGGUAAAGUAAUGAAUAAUGAAUAUUAAGGUUUACCAUUUAGGACACAUUUAGUUGCAUGACAUUUGCACAGUCUAAAACACCAUAAAUUGUUAAAAUUACUUUAAAAAAAAAACAAAACAUAUAUUUUGACAGAACAAUUUCAAAACCACUUUCAAACCACUCUUUUCUCUGACAUUGUUGCCUCUUUUGUUUCAUCUUUUUUGCCUAGUCUACACUUAACCCACCCCAUUUCCCCCGACCCUUCAAAAAAAUUUCUUGGCCUUAUUUACCAGUUUAUUCAAGUUGUUUACCUGUUUCACCAAUAACAUACUGCAAUAUUGCUAUAAAUUGGCUAAUUUAUAACCUCCUUAGAUAAUCAUCUUCCCACUUCGUAUGAUGUGCAUUGAAAAUGACCAAUAAAAUUUAAUUUAUAAAUAAAAGUUAUACUUAUAGUAAAAAAGCUUAAACACAAAAAAAGGGAAAAACUAGCAUCUAUUCAAAAAUGAUAACUGUGUAAGAAAUUAUAUUAAACACUGUGCAGUCCUGAAUGGGCUUAUCAAUCAAUAUGAUAUAGACUAUUGCAUCUUUUCUCCUUAUCUGACAUUCUAGACAACGUGUGGGUGAUUUAUUUGAUACACUGGGGGGAUUUCAUUUGGUGAAAGUGUCUGUGUUAUGCUACCGUGACCGUUUCAUACAAAAAUAAAUGAGUUCUUUCUACACACAAGAAAAAAGAAAAAUAUACCUAUUCAAACAUUUUCACCAGUAACUAAUCCAAUUUAAUGAAAAUUUUAGAUUUUCAAUGAUGAAGUUAAAUCUCUCUAUUCAUUCAUUUAAUUUUUUUUUUUAAUUUUUUUUUUUUAUAAUUUAGCUAUCUUCACAGCACCACUAUGAUUAUGGAAUGAGGGCAGUAAAGUCAGUGUUAACAGCUGCUGGAAAUCUAAAAGUUAAAUGUCCACAUGAAAAAGAGGAUGUAGUAAUGCUUCGAUCAAUUCGUGACGUCAAUCUUCCAAAGGUACCAUCUAUUUUCAGUAUCAACAUGUUCUGUAUUAGAAAGCUCGCAAAUAGAGAAAUGAGUGACAAAGAACAUAAGAUAGCUUUGGCAUUGGUCUUUUACUGCCUAAUUUUCAAUCGAUUGAUAAUUACCGGCUGGAGGGAAGAUAAACUGCAUGCUACAGUUUAA